AGCUAUACGUCCUGCUGCUCGGCACGAGGACACGCUGCUGAAUGCGCGUCCUCCCCGCGCCGUGCACGUUUCGCCACGCACGUCGCGCUCUGCGCUCUCGGACAGUAAACUGAGUAACGGAUGCGACAUGCAACCACGAGUCUUUUAUUUUGGGGAUGGUUCCAGUCGUUUGAUUGAUCGGAUCCGGGAGCGUCCCGCAGACCAUGACGCAGAACCCGCUGCUUCCAUCUGACGCGCUGACCUCGGUUAAACCCCGUGACACUCCGCACACUUUGGAGAUAUCCUGCAGAGGCGUUUUCCUUUUUUUUUUUUUUUUUGCGCAGCACGGAACCUCUGGCGCAAACCCAAAGGGCGCCGUGGUGGAGAUGAUCUCCAGAUGAACCGACGCGGCCUUUGAGUGAUACUACGAUCAAUAGAGGACGCGCAGACAGCUCGUUGUGCACGAUGAUGUCACUGAUAGAUCUGGACGAUGAUCAGCGGUGGGUGCCCACUCAUGUGAACAUCACCGUGCUGCGCGCACGGGCACUGCGAACCAAGGGCACGCACGGCAGCCGCUACCUCUACACCACCAUCCAGGUGGGGAAGGAGAAGUACACCACCGGGCUGGUGGAGAAGGCGCCGGUGCCCGAGUGGAACGAGGAGUGCUGCUUCGAGCUGCUCCCCGGGAUCCUGGAGGAUGGCGGCCGCGGCGCCUACCCGCCGGGGAGCGGGGACCUGGUCCUCACGGUGAUGCACCGGGUGCUCAUCGGACUCGACGUGUUUCUAGGUCAAACCACCAUUCCUCUGGACAAGAUAUUUCACGAGGGGAUGUGCCCUCGAGAUGAGUGGUUCAAGCUCAACUCGAAGGCGGGCAGAAAGGCGAAGGAACGUGGGGAACUUCAGGUCACGGUCCAGUUCACUCGCAAUAACAUGACCGCCAGCAUGUUCGACCUCACCAUCAAGGACAAAUCCCGCUCCGCUUUCGGCAAGCUCAAGGACCGCGUCACGGGGAGGAAGCGGGGCGACGUGGAGUCCUCCUCGGCCAUCUUGCCGGGCCGCUACGCCGCCCUGUCCGGGACCCUGGGGCAGCCGUUUGGUCAGGAGGGGGGCGGCGGACCGGCGGCGCCGCGAGACGCGGAGAUGGCAGAGGAGAAGAGGAGCAAGGUGAAAGACUUCUUCAAAGGGAGGCUGCGUAAGUCGCCCAACACCGGGUCCUGCUCGUCCCUGGCUUCGGAGAGUAGCGUGUCCUCCGUGGCCGGCGAUAGCCCCGGCCCUCCGCCCAGCCUGGAUCUGAUGUCAGACCCUCCCAGCUCACCCAUCUACACUAGCAAAGUGAGGGUGGACGCCCAUUACGGAGAGACAGACUUAGCUAAAAAAGUGCUCACCAGCCAGCACACCACCAAGGUCCUCACACACAAGCGAGCCUUCAGCGAUGAAGCCAGUAAGAUCACGACGGCCGUCCCUCGAUCAAAUCUCGCAGUGGAGUCCCUGAAAGGCCCGACCAUGUCUCAGUCCAAGUCUUCCUUGUGCAUAAACGGCAGCCACGUCUACAACUCGGAACCGUCGACUCCAAAGACCUCCGCGGCCCACCAGUCCAAGCUGGCCCUGCUGGAGAAGUGCUCGCCUCUCUCUCGGUCCCUGCAGAACCUCACCAAGGACAGAGGUUCCGCCGCCGAGGGCCGCCGCUGGUCCUUUGACAAGAUAAGGAAAGAGGAAAAGGACGAAGAAAGGGAAGCUCAGGUUCCGUCGCCUCCGACUCAGGGAGGGGGUCGCCCUGUGCAGGCGGAGAUGGCGGCCGUCUCGCCUGCCGCGCUUUCACCCGACAUAGGGAGGAAGCUGAGAAAGACGUUGUUCUCCGGAGGGAGGAGCGAUUCUCUGCCGGCUAAGUCAGACCUGAACCAAGCCGGCUCCGCGUCUGAGGGGAGGCUCAGAGGCUGGUUCGGCUCCGGGGAAUCUCAGAAUAAGCCGAGGCUGGAAGUUUCUCCUAAGGUAGAAAGCAGCUCAGACGCACCCCCUCCCCUCCCCCCUCGCUCCCCCGUACCCUCCCAGUACCCCCCUCCUCCCGCCUCCCCCUCCGGUCAUGUCUCGCCCCACGACAGCAAUCACACCAAUCCCUUUACGCCCUCUAACUCUCCCUCCCCUAACGCGAUCUCCCCCGCCCACCUUUUCCCUUCACAUGUGCCGCGCAACCCCUUUUUUGAGGAUCUCAUAGCGGAAGAGUCUCAGAGGUCCCCCCCGUUCGGCUCGUCCCCCUUUCAUUACACCACGCUGCCUUCCCAGCCCUGCACAUCCAGCCCUGCUCAUGGCGUGAAAGCUACGAGCAUGGCUCACAUGAGGCGGGAGCGCCCACGGCCAGUAGCUAGGCAGAUAUCUCUCCCCGCCAUGUUACCCCAAACUGCCUCGCCUGAACCCUGCGCCCCUCGCUCCAUGUCGGAGAGUGCAGGGGAACCGGAGGACUCUUUCGAGGCCUUCGCCUCCAGCAGGCUCAACUCACCCAAAGGGAGGCUUCCUCAGAAGCAGCCGAGAGGCACUGCAACCUCGUCCCAUAGACGUAGUUGUCUUCCGGUUAACAACGGCACAAAUAAUCCUGCGCAAGAGCUGCAAACGUGCGAAGAGGAGCCUCCGCCUUUGCCUCCGCGGAAACUUCUACGAACUCCAGCGAACGAGAUUUACUCCGACGGCUGGCUGCACAGGGGUCAAGAGCUGGCUGUCCACAAAGAAGCCUACCUGCUCUCGCAGACCGGAGUGGCCUCGCUGCAACGUGGAAGAGAGGGAGAAAACAAAAGGAACGCUGCAUCUCCAGACCCCCCCACCAGCAGCGAGACCUCCGGCUCCUUCGGCGCCUCCUCUCAGCCGCACGCGAAGGAGACUCCGCCAGGAUUCGCGGGCGAAGACAAGCUCAAAAAGUUCAAAUAUGAACCUUUGGAGGAUGAAACGGACCGCUGGGGAGGGACGUUGUUUGAGCAAGACCUGUACGGACGCAUGUGCAGAGGAAACUACGGGCGGCCCAAAGUAAACCGUUUGUCGCUGAGCGCUGACGAGACGACUGCAUCUGUGAACUUAAGACCUAAGAUACUUGUUAAUAGUGAGACAAUUGUAGCAGAUGUUUCAAACAUUCCAUACACUACGUCCAUAACGCUAGAAGCACUUAAAACUACCACCACUCCUGCAGAGAAGGUGGAGUUUUAUCCAUCUGAAACCACAAGCCUCAACAACAAUGCAUCGUCCUCAUCAACGUUGGGAGAUCUGAACAUGAACGUUAACACCUCCGAUUUUGGUUUCAUUGAUUCAGAUGGCUCUUCUCAGUCAGAUGUGGUUGACACUCUCAAAGGCAUCGUGAGUUUUGGCGGGACUUUUCCACAUCCGACAGAAGCGCCACAGAUAGCUGCUUACCGCGUCGAGGCGGCCACCACACCUCAGGAUGUGUUCCCUUUGAAGGACACUUACAUUCCUCAGAUGAACUCUUCCUUUGAAAUAACUGCUUCAUCCAACCGACUGUACCAAUUCUCUCCAGUUUGCAAAGAGUACGGUGAGCUGAACAACGUGGUACAACGCGGUAAACCCGGGUUGAGCAGCAGAGAGACGGCUGCUUCUUCGGAACAAAGUCAAACGUCUGAAAAAGACGCUGAAACCCGUGAAGUUUUAUCUAGGAGUUUAAGGGAUUUUAUUAAGACGCAAAAUGACUUUGAUGACAAUGGAAACGCGCAGGGUAAAACAGGACCGCUAAACCCAAAGGAGACCUUUGCUGGUGUGGUGAGUGCACGUUUCCGGCCAAAAGGAGUGUCCCGACAGAACAGCAGCGGCAGCCCGAGCAACCAGAGCAAGAGUGCAGACACAGAGUUGGAGCAGUUCCUGUCCCUCGUUCAGAACAUUUCAGAAUCCAGCGAGGGGCCGCUGUCAUACCAGCCCUCCAAAUCAGCUUUCUCUUCCUCAGUGGCACUAGGGGAUCAUAGCACCACACAACCCGGCGAUCCCACUGCGACACCAUUAGCGUCUCCAAACGGAAACCCAACGGAGGCAGGAAAAGCCUCCCGUGUAGCCUUUGAAGACCUUCACGCUCAGGUGGCACCCAACCCGAGAACCCCGUCAAAGUCAAGGAUUGGGCCGUCUUUGCGGGAAGCCUCCUCUUCCUCCGUCCCAGACGCACUCCCCCUGUCAGCUGACCCGCCGGCCGCGCUCCACCCUACCCCUGUCUGUCGCCCCUCCAUGCACCCCUCCGACACGGGGCCCAGCGCCACUCUGGCUGUGGCCCCCUACACCUCCUACUCCACCACCUCCACCACUGACCGGCCCCCAGUCGAUGCACGGCACUCACUUUUGCCUGAGGAGACUCUGGCCGCUUGCAGCCUGCCCCGUCAGGAGAGCAGAACUCAUCCAGUGAAGCCGCUCAGUCAAUUGGAGAAGAAGGACAGUCGCUCGGUUCUGGAGAAGCUGAAGUCCACCAUCAACCCUGGACGCGUUGCCCACCAGGUGGCAGCCGAACCCGAGAGGAGUCCGGAGGUGCCAGCGGACCACUCGGCCCAGUACCAGCACCUGACCAACAUGGAGCUGAUCUCGCUGCUCCUGCAGAAGGAGAUGGACCUGCAGAAGCAGGCGGCGGCCUCCGAGCGGCAGGCGGCGCAGACGCACAAAUGUGAGGCGGAGCUGAAAAAGGUCAAGUUACAGGUCCGAGACCUGGAGGACUACAUCGACAACCUCUUACUGCGGAUCAUGGAGCAGACGCCAACGCUGCUUCAAGUUCGCAAUAGACACAAGUGACGACACGGUGUGUGAUUCUGGAGAAUACCGUCUCCUCCAGAGUGGUUAUUAUUUAAGGUUGUUGCAGUCAAAUUUACGCUCGCACACAAAAUCGGAUUCCACAAUCAUCCAGGUCUUCCCACUGCUAAUACUGCCUUGUUGAUGUAGACACAAUAUUACCCAACAUGCAUGCUGGUUACUAGGCCAAUUUGGCACAAACAGAAAACAGAAUGAACAAGCCCUUUCUGAAAGCCAAAUAAUUAUUUUACUCGUGCUUUGUAGAAUAAAUAAAGGUAGUCAGCUGUUUUCAAAUUAAACUUCACACUCAAUGCUUUCAGACGUGCAUAAAAUAAUAUACAGGCUUGAGAAAACAUCACUUUAAGGAUUAAAGUAGUUCCUUCGUUAAAAUAUGCUGUUAGCCUCAAGUAACUCCUGAAAUUAGAUCUGUCAAAAUGCAAAAAAAAAUGUGUUGACUAGGUUUUAAUGUCAAACUGUUUUGAAAUUCAACGGUUAACUUGAGGUAAUUGCAUAUGUUCAAUUAGAAUUUAACAAACAAACAAAAAAAACAAAAAAAUAGCAGUUUGUCAUAAAAUUCUGCGCUGCUUAACGUCCUUCAAUGAUAAAUGAAAAACACCAUUUGCAUUUGAGCUUUAAAAAUAAUAAUCAGGAUAAAGAUUCAUUAUUUGUAUUUUGUAUUCUUUAAAAAAAAUAAUAAUUAAUUAUUAAACAACAAUCUGAUGUUUUCUGUCCAUUUUGCAUUUCCUGUGUGUAAAAAACAUUUCACUACAGAGAUAAAAUUAUCAAUGCAAUAAAUACGAUUAUUAUGAGUUAUUUCUAUAAAAUUCUUUUGACAUAAUAAUUUAUUUUCAGAUGCCACUGUCUCUGUCACUGUAUCAACGUAGCCACUUGUAAUGCUUUACAUGACCACUGUACUGUAUGAAAAUAAAGCGAACAUGAGCCAAA